AUGCAGUCCAGUUUGACGCCCCAGCCCCUUGCAUAUCUCAUGCGGUACCACCGAGAACUAUUUGUAGACCCGUUGUUCUGGACUUCCCGUCAUUUGGGUCUGGUAGGAUGUCGCUUCAAGCUGCUCGAGUCGACGGAGUACACUCAGGACAACACCGAUGUGCAUCAAGCUCAAAACAACAACAACAACAACAACAACAACAACGAUACGCAUGAAUUCUCCGACACCAGUCACGAACUCGUUCGUGUACCACUACUUCCUCUAUCAGAUCCUGAGCGAUUUGCGAAAAACCGCGCACCCCUUAUGAAGCUCUCCACCCUGUACCGUAUUCUAGAGUAUGAGGGAGGCCCUUUCGAAGAGCAUCGCAAAAAAGGACCAAAGUUCUUCUUCUCAGGCCAGGAGAUUCAUCGACCAAAAUCUGUCGUGUUUGGCCGUCGCAAACAAGCCAGCCAACCACCUCUUGACGAUGAUUCCCAAAUUUUGGUAGGCUACUUUGACUACACAUGGGCCAUUUGCGGUCGCAAAGAUAAAUUUCAGGCUAGAAGCCAUCCGGGCAAUGGCAACAACGCGCCUGUCGGGCGUCUCUAUCAAAAACGGCUGGCCCAAAUAACCCCAACCAAUUGGCAGGAGGACCCAUACUUUGUUUGUAUCCUGCUGUCUAUUGCACAGCUACAAGAACGAUCUCUCACGACUAAAGAUAGAAAAACGCAUACAUCUCGUCUUCUCGUGGCAAAGUGGCAAGACUGUGAGUUUAUUCAUCUUUAUGAGGCUCAAUUUACCUCUGAGCUUCUGGAAGCGAUUAAAAAUCCCAAAAAUGCCACGACCUAUACGAACUGGCCGACCAUCACGCAGAAAAAGAUCCCUUUCAAGCCCUUUGACACUUUUCGGCAGCGUCUUGUGGCCGAGCUGUUACUUCCGGCAAAUCAAGACGGUCCCAUUGCCUCGGAUAUCAAAGGGGGUGACGUUGAUGUGACUUUUCCAGCGAAACGACCGCACGAACAAGGAGAGGAGAUGCGGAUAGUGAGACGCAAGGUAGACAUGGGCUGUGGGGAUUGA